CGUCAUCUCGAAUAUUUCUUCUUCACAUCCAAUCGCCAAAAUGCUCAGCACGCUUGCACUGAUUGCUACAGGAAUCAUCCUCAUCUACGGUCUACUCCACUUGCUUCUCUACUAUACCCAUGAUGACAGAGAGCCACCGCCUGUAUCAACAACAUUCCCAUUUGUUGGAGCUAUGCUUGGAUUGAUGAGGAAGAAGAGCAAGUAUUAUAUAGAGAUCAGAAACAAGUACGAUUUACCAAUCUACACUCUUCGCCUUCCAGGGACAAGACUUUACGUGGUCAACUCCGUCUCUUUGAUUGCUUCCGUUCAGCGUCAAUUCAAAGUCUUAGCCUUCCUUCCUCUUGAAGCCAAAUUAUCAAUGGGAGUGUGCGGAUCAAGCGAGACUGCGAACGAAAUCCUCAACACAAAUACGAACGGCGAUGAGGGCGAUUGGGGUUAUAUAAUGACUUUCUACAAGACGAUUCGGGCGCCACUCGCUCCGGGGUCUGAGCUUGAUGCCAUGAAUCGAGUUAUGGCACAAAAGGUCUCAGCGUCGAUUGAUCAAAUCAAAGGACAACAAGUUGUACAACUCUUUGAGAAAUUCCAGGAGGGGAUCAUAAUUCUCAUCGUGGGGCUAUAUCCUUCAAUACUCGCUAAGGAAUGCAUUCGUGCUCGUGAGUUAAUGACUGAAGCAUUCACACAGUACUUCGAGGAUGAAGGUCACAACUUAGGCUCAGGCCUUGUCAAGUCUCGUUUUGCACAUAGUACUGAGCAUAAAAUACCUCUCAAGGAUAUCGCCAGAUUUGAAGUUGGCAAUACCAUAGGGCUUUUGACGAACACUGCGCCCUCGGCAUUUUGGAUGGUCUACCAUUUAUAUUCUGACCCCAAUGUGUUGGAAGAUUGCCGGCAAGAGCUUUCUAAGGUCAUCUCUAGCGUCACUACCACUCUCAAGGAUGGAGAAACGACCAAGGUACACACCAUCGACAUGUCGGAAGUGAAAGGAGCUUGCCCUAUCUUGUUGUCUACACUGCAAGAAGUAUUUCGUAUCCACUCUAUUGGAAUUUCUACUAGGAUGGUAAUGGAGGAUCAUAUGCUUGACAACAAAUAUCUCCUGAAGAAGGGCAAUACAGUCAUAAUCCCAGGUCCAGUUCAGCACACGAGCACUUCCGCCUGGGGUUCAGAUGCCAGUAUGAUCGAUCACCGCCGCUUCCUGCCUAAGAACAAGCGCCACAAUCCAGUCGCAUUCCGCGCUUUUGGUGGCGGAACAACUUUAUGUCCUGGGCGUCACUUUGCAAGUACUGAGAUCUUGGCUUUCGCAGCGAUGUUGAUUUUACGAUUUGAUAUCACGCCUACUGGUGGACAAUGGGUCCAUCUCACGUCCGACAAAGCUGCACUUUGGGAGACGACACCAGUUCCAGACAAUGAUAUCGAGGUCAAGAUUAGUCCCAGAGCUGGCGAGGAUAUUAAUGCGCAACGGAGAAUCCUGGUAUCAAGCUCUGACAAAGCAAUGCCACUGUCUGCUGAAGAUAUGUAG